CGGGCUCGGAGUCCGCGGCUCGGCCUCCCGCAGGGGGCGGGGGGGCUGCCCGGGGGGAGAUUUAACCCCCUGGAGCAGGCGGAACGAACGUGGCCCGCUCCGCUCUGGCCUCGCGUCAGCCCCAGGCCCGGCCAGGUAGAUGUUCUUCUGGAAGGGAUCAUCCUGAGUAGGCAAAGCUCUCCCGUCAGGCGAAUUCCCGCUGGCCACAGCUUGCCACACAAGGAGCCUAUGAAGGAGAGCGGGUGGGAGCACCACGAAGCUGAGCCACGGCCCUAAGAGUGCGUCAGGCCUGUGGUGGUAACUUAGUCCCUGGGAAUCUUUCCAGCAGACAGUGAUAUUUCUAGGACUUGGCAUUUCGAGUGGCAACAGGAUUGUUUAUAGGAAGAGAGCAGAAAGGACGGAAGGACGAUGUUGACCUAGCAGCCCUACAAACCUACUGCACUUAAUCCACUUAUCACCCUGAAUUCCUGGAGCAAAUAAAUGCUGAUAGCAGUUAAAACACAUCUCUGGCAGGAGCAGUGUGUUCUGUCCUCUAGAAAUGCAUCAAUACUGGAAAUUACAAAGCUGUGUGCUACCAUGGGGAUGAGCAUGAUACAAGAGCUGAGGAAGCCCUCACUAUUCAGUGGAGUUCUUCCACAGGAAGGUAGCGAGCCUCUGCUUCCUUCUCCCCCCCUGCCCCAACUACCGUGAGAUGCCGUUCAGGCCUGAGAAAGACUUUGAACACUGUUGUGACCCCAGAGCCAAGCUGCCUCAUCUGUGCCUCUGUAUCUGAAAUACCAAGUGGGCCCCAAGUGUCUUGUUACUGCUUUUGAUUGUCCUUGGUGCUCAGCAUUAAGACCUGUGAGGAGUGAUUUCCAGCUGAGACCAACCCUGUACAGCUCACAUCAGCAUGUCUUGGGGAGAGGAGUUGGUUUUGGCUAAUCUGAGCUAAACCUUCCCUGGAGGAGUGCAGCUGCUGCACCAGCCUUGCAGAGCCACACAAAGCCACUUUCUCCUCUCCCCAUCUGUCAGAGCUCUCAGCAAGGUGCUGUAGCCAUCCCUGGGCAUCAUGCAGCUGCAUUCCUCCCCCUGUGUCAGGACUCCUUCCUCCUGGGGAUGUGUCCCAGGCUGAACAGGAGGAAGAAUGCUGUAAACCAAAGGUUGUUUGGAGAAAACCUCAUUCCUACAAAGUCUGAAGGGAUAAAACAACUGAUAGUGCUUUGUAAUACAUGAAGCUUACAGGCUCAUCUGUGCUUUUGGUCUUUCUCUGCAUGGCUAUCCCCCACCAGUCGCUGCAGAGCAGCACUCUCUGUGAGUGGGCACCCUUGAAAUUGCAGCCAAGUGCUUUCUUGUGGACAGUGCAACUGUCUCACAACAAGUGUGAAAGGAGGAAGCUGCCUUAAGAGAAGUGAAGACCUUUCAGCCACGGGAGUUUUUAUGAGUCAGAUGCUGCUCAGCUGUUGCAUUGCAGAUGUCUUUAGCUAAAAACAAGUGUUCAUUGAAAAUCAAAGACUCUUCGUGAGUAUAGGCAGCAGGAGCCUCCCACAAAACGUGUUUUUUUCUUCAAAGGGCUCUCCUUAGAUUUGCCUACAAUAGAUUACUUAAAGCUUGCCUACAUUGCGAAGCUGAUUCAGAGCCAGCAUGGUGUGGAUCUGAAACAGCCCAGCUGUUCAGGACUGCCUGGUUGUUCUCACUCUGCAUGUGAAUGCCUUCCUCUGUAGGGACCUAAUGGAGAAGUUGGCUAUGGAGGGCUAUUUUGUCGAGUCAGGGUUCCAGCAAAGCCCUUGCUCUGUACUGACGCUCAUGUGUACUGGUUUUUUAUGUUGAAGGUAAAACAGGGAUCCCACACUCAAGAUUUUAUGUCACAGUGGAAGGUGACAAAGUUUGUUUUAAAUGCAUGCAAUAUUUUACGGUCAUCAGGAAGCAAAGCUCUGUGGGUUAAAGUGCUUGUGGUCUAGUCUUUGGGCACCCACUCAUAGGUCUAACACCAUCAUUGUAGUACAGAGAAGUCAGUGCUGGUGUGGGGAGGAGUCUGACCAAAAAGCAGAAGAGCUUGCAUCUGCCAGGAACUGCUUGCCAAAUGCAGUGUGUGUACAUCCCGCCUGACCCUUCACAAACAGGAGGGCAUCAACCAGCUGCCCUGGCAUGAAAAUACCUGACAAGUCUCCAUCUCCUUUGCCUUUUGGAUCUUUGUGUUUGGUUGUGUUCUUAGAGCCUUUGACCCCCUCGUCAUGAUCCCUGAUACAAAAGUCAUCUUUCCGUUCCUUUGCUUGCUUCAGUGUGGAGGGGGAAGUGUUGAUGUACAGCAGAAACCUCCAAUCCAGGUUACCCUGCUCAAGGAAGGAAUAUCCAUCCCCUGUGAAGUCAAGUUCCCUUACAUGCCAAAAUACACCAAAUUUUCAAUCUACUAUUACUGGAUUAAUUCACUGGAUCAGAAGACAUCUAUCUAUAAUAGUUCGAAAAACGUCGAUAUUCCUUCUGGAAAACAAAAUACGACUGCUGCCAUACAUUACAACUACAGCAUCACACCACUUGAAAACUCUGCUUCUACUGGCACAUACUACUGCGAGGUCAAAUGGAGUGAUACCCAAAAAAAGGGAAACGGAGUGUUUGUCCUUGUUAGAGAUACAGGAUACGUAAAUACCUCUUAUGGGUGGGAAAUCCUUGUUACCCUUACUGUUCUUCUGGCUGUAUUGAGCAUCACCGCAACAGCUCUGCUUCUGUGGAAAAGAAAGGUGUUGUGCCCUAGAAAGAACCAGCCAAAUAUCCUGAGACAGAAGGUGGAAACACAGCUCCCUUCAGCCAACCCACUACCACCUCCUGUCUAUGAUAGCCUGGAUGUGCAGCAAGUUGAUGUCUAUUCUAGCCUCGAGAACAGCACGAACAACCCACCAAAAAGAAAGAGUCCUCCAGGGAAGACACCUAAGAAGCAAGAAGCUCUAGAAGAAUUCUCUGAUACAUUGUAUGAGAAUAUUUAACAGGGAAUAUAUCUGACCGUAUGUGGACCAGACAUCUUUCUGUAUGGCAGAGCUACUCUCUUACAUCCCAGAUGAGAUGCAGAUACAUGCAGAGAUCCUCAGUGACUUCAGAGCACAACCAUGAGGGAAUUGUGAACCCCUGGCCCCUUCUAAACUGCCCUUCAUUAACAACAGAAUGUAUCUGUUAAAAUCCCUCGGGGGCUCAGUCUGCAUUGAUGCAGCAAAGCUAUUUUGCAGCAAAGCUGUUUGAUGCAAAAGAAAAGCUGCUUUUGUCAAGCACUUAUCUUGGGAAUGGGCAAUCUGUGAAGGUUUCUCUCACCUGCCCGGCUGAGCUGAAAUACUUAAUUCUCGAUCUUCUGCAAGUAGUAGGACAAUCCAGAGACUUCCCGGCUUGCUGGCUUGAUAUUCCAAUCCUGACCUGCAGUCGCCCAUCUGAUCCUGUGCUUGUGGCUUUGCUGAAAUGACCAUCAGGACUUCAUGCAUAGUUUAACCACAUCCAAGCAUCCACCUGGCCAUUUUCCCUUUCUCAGGAACCCCACAGCAAAUGCUUUCUCAUAAUCUGCUAAUCCCAUCAAGUAGUCAGAGAUGCCUGCUGCGACCUUACUCGGGCGACUCAAAUCAGUGCCUCAAGAAAAUGCUUCCCCUUCAGUAAUAUCAGCAGUACAUGGUGAGGACUGGAUGCACCGGCGAAGAUAAAGGCAGAGAAAAAGCACACAGAGAAACGUGUGUCAGUGACAGUGCCCAUUCCAGAACAAGAAAGAGGAACAAGGACGUGGGAACAUGAGGAAACUCCCUUGCUGGGGUUGCAUAAACCAGGCGGGUCUGGGGCCAGGUUCCAGCCCGCAGAAGUCCAAGUGGAGCUCCCUAAUUUCCUUUUCUUCUUGGCAAAGGGCAUUGUUAUCAGUUGGGAUUUUGAGCCUCUGUAGGAGCAGGCAUGGUACCUCUGCCCCAUCAAAGCAAUAGGUUUGCCUUUGUUUUAGCUUGCUGCUAUAAAGAGUAUAAAGCUCCUUUACGCUCCCACCAUACAUUAUUGGCCAGGGAGACCAGUUCUGAAACUUAGAACGACUGGAGGAAGGAGGAGAGAGGCCUUAGAAGUGAAUUUGCUAUCCUAGUUCUUUCUCCCCUGACAGCUGGAACUUGCCUACCAUUUAUGCUGAUGCAUAUUCUGGUUCUGAUAGGGAAGAAGUUACAUUAAAUAUCCGUAUAACAUGAUCAAACCAGCAGAUCAAAAAGCUGAGGCUGUUUUAUCUCACAUUGAAACACAGCAACGAAAUAACAACCAAACAAAACCAACCCCAAAUAAGAAUAUGCAGCAUAACUUGAGAAGAAUAGUAGAAACCUCUUUAAAGGAGAAGAUCAAAUUAAAAUUGAGCUCCAGGGUCAUAGGACCCUCUCUAGCUGAAGAUAAUGUUGCUGUGUAUCAGAGAUAGAGGCUAUGGAAAAUGUCUCCGGGGCCUCCAACCUUCCUAUACUAUGUUUAAAGAGAUAAUCCGCUUAUUGCUUUGCUCUUUUUAUUAGAAAAGAUUUCAAACAUGUAAUUUGGACUUUCUUUAACCACAGAAAAAUGCUUUUUCUCUUCCCAGUGCUGAGGAGUUCAUUUCAGAAAAGGCAAUGAAUGGACAGCAUGGCUUAUUAGACCCAUUUAUAAUUUGUUAAGUGAUCACAACAAUUACAAAUAAUUUUGAAGUAAAAAGCUUUAGAUUUUACUAAUAUGACCAGGAAAUAUUUGUGUUCACAGAAGAAUUUACAGAGGAUUGUAAAGAUACAACAAUUCCUUUCCUUAACAAAUUUGAAGAAAUGAUGAGAUGAAUUAUAAAUAUGUUGCAGUAUGGCAAUAAAAUAUUCAGCAGAUGCUGGUGGAUUAGAUGAAAAGUAAAAACUUUCAAAAUAA